AUGGGAGGGAGAGCCUCGCCAGGUCCUCUCCCGCUCUUCCUCAUCGUCCUUCUCCAUGUUCUCGCGCUCGUAAGCUGUAGGGUCGCCGGCGCCGCCGGCACGGUAGAUGGGUCGGAGGAGUGGGGCUACGUGGAAGUCCGACCAGGCGAGCGAAUUCAUCCUCCCUCCUCCUCAGAUUUCCGGCGACCUUCCCGGGUUCUUCCCUCUAAUUAUUUAUCUUCCAUUGAUGCAGGGGCUCACAUGUUUUGGUGGCUCUACCGGAGUCCCCAAAGAGUGGACGAGCCCUCCGCCCCUUGGCCUACAGUUCUCUGGCUUCAGGGCGGGCCUGUGAGUUCUCGCCCUCCCCCUUCUCUCUCUUCUCUCUCUCUCUCUCUCUCUCUCUCUCUCUCUCUCUCUAUCUCUAUCUAUCUCUCUCUCUAUGAUCAUGCCUCAAUUUUGAUUAAGUAGCCCGAAAGCUUAAGCGAUUUUCCAUUAUUGACCACGAUCAAAGGGUGCUUCCGGCGUCGGGAUUGGCAAUUUCGAAGAGAUUGGACCUCUGAACACCGAUCUGAGGCCUCGGAGCUCUACGUGGUUGCAGAUGGCUGAUCUUCUCUUCGUGGUCAGCCUCGCUCUCUCUCUCUCUCUCUAUCUGUCUAUCUAUCUGUCUUCGCCAGUGCUCUGAAAAUGAUUUGGCUUUCUUCUCGGAGCACCGGCAGGACAACCCAGUCGGAACCGGGUACAGCUUCGUCGAGGACGAGAAGGCGCUGGUGAAGACCGACGAGCAGGCGGGGGCGGACCUGACCUUCCUCUUGAAGGAGCUCUUCAACAGGAACCCCCAGCUCCAGCGCAGCCCUCUCUACAUUGUCGCCGAAUCCUACGGCGGGAAAUACGCCGUCAGUCUUGCCCUCUCCGCCAUCAACGCCAUCCAAUCCGGCCAGUUGAAGCUCCAACUCGGGGGUCCUUCUCUCGGCUCUUGACAGCUCUCCUCCUCCUCCUCCUCCUCCUCUCAUUCUCUUCCGCCUCCACUGCAGGAGUGGCGCUGGGCGACAGCUGGAUUUCUCCCGAGGACUUCGUGGUCUGUCCUUCUGAAACUCCAGUCGCAGAGACCCCCACAUUCAGAUUACUAUAAAAAUCCCUCAAGAUCCUGCUCCUCUAUCCUGCGUGCAGUUUUCCUGGGGGCCGCUGCUCAGGGAUGUCUCCCGUCUGGACAUCAGCGGCCUGGAGAAGGCCAACAGGUCACUCUCACCACCCCUUCCCGGGUCUGAGGGUUAGAGAGAGAUUAGGCUUUUCUCCCUCUAAUGCGGUCCAAAUCCGGCCCCCAUGCAGAGUAGCGGAGCAGAUAAAGGAGCAGAUCAAGACCGGCCAGUUUGGGCAGGCCACCGAUUCCUGGAGCCUGCUCGAGGACGUCAUCCUUGCCGGCAGCAACUUUGUGGUGAGUCCGGGUCGACCUGAAUCUUCCCUCUCUCUCUCUCUCUCUCUCUCUCUCUCUCUCUCUCCUCUCUCCCUCCUUAUCUAUCUAUCUAUCUAUCCAUAUUUCUAUAUAUCUAUCUAUCUAUCUAUCUAUCCAUAUUUCUAUAUAUCUAUCUAUCUAUCUAUCUAUCUAUCCAUAUUUCUAUAUAUCUAUCUAUCUAUCUAUCUAUCCAUAUUUCUAUAUAUCUAUCUAUCUAUCUAUCUAUCUAUCCAUAUUUCUAUAUAUCUAUCUAUCUAUCUAUCUCUCUAUCUCUCUAACCGGGUCCCUCCGGACUGUGCUCAGGACUUCUACAACUUCCUUCUCGAUUCCGACAUGGACCCGGUGUCGGAGACGGCGGCGGAGCUGUCCCGGUCCAUCGUCGUGAAGAAGUACUCGACCUAUCUCGCCUCCAAGGCGGCAGCGGCCUCCGGCGGCGGCCUCGGCAGCCUCAUGGACGGCCCCAUCAGGGAGAAGCUCAAGAUAAUCCCCAAGAACGUGAGGUACGUAGACGCUCUGUAAACAAUGGUCUCCAUGAUCUUGGCGAGGAUGAUAACAUAAUGGCGGCGGUGAUGAGCAGCUGGGGAGGGCAGUCGGAUGCGGUGUUCAACGCUCUGUCGAACGAUUUCAUGAAGCCCAGGAUCGCCGAGGUAACCCCGGAAGCUUUCUCCAUUAAUGGCAGCUGCAACUGAGUGGUGGAGUCUUGACUGUUCGAACGUGGACCAGGUCGACGAGCUGCUGUCCAGAGGGGUCAACGUCACCGUCUACAACGGACAGGUAGGCUCACCAUGGUCAACGUCUCGUUGCCAGCCUGUUGUUAGCGGCUGCACCGUCUACUCCUUAAAGAUGAUGGGGGGGACCUUUUAUGAUCUGAUCAUCAUGCAGCUCGACGUGAUAUGCGCCACCAAGGGUACCGAAGCCUGGCUCCAGAAGCUCAAGUGAUCUCUCUCUCUCUCUCUCUUUCUCUCUCUCUCUCGCUCGCUCGUUCUCUAAUGAGUUCAUCUGCAGAUGGGAAGGGCUAAACAACUUCAAUACGGUGAAUAGAACUCCCAUCUACUGCCGAGGCGACGGAGGGACGAAGGGGUUCACCAAGUCUUAUAGGAAUCUGCGUUUCUACUGGAUCCUUGGGGCCGGACAUUUCGUGAGCUCUCUCUCUCUCUCUCUCUCUCUCUCUUUCUCUCUCUCUCUCUCUAUAUAUAUAUAUAUAUAUCUUCCUACGACGGGGAGGAGGACCCGUGAUCUGUCUUCUUGUGUUCUUUUUCCUUCCGUGCUUUGUCCGCUCUUUUGGACUCCGCCACACCACGGAAUAUCGGCUCACACACCAUCAAACCAGGAGAGAGAGAGAGAGAGAGAGAGAGAGAGAGUAGAUAGGGAGUCUAGGGAUGGAAAGAGAAUCUCUAGAGAGAGAGAGGGGAGCUAUGAUGGAGUAUUGACGAAGGUCUCCUUCUUGGUCGGCCAGGUGCCCGUCGAUCAGCCCUGUGUGGCCUUGAAGAUGCUGCGAGAGAUCACCCGAUCGCCCGCCGCCGCUGCAUGA